AUGGAAACGGCCCCUGCUGCAGGGGCCGUCGACAUCGUCAUCGGGCGCUACCGUGACGCCGAGGACCGCAUCAGCUGGCGGCUGGAGCACAUGAGGUUUGAGGACGCCCUGGCCCUGGCAGAGAGGGAGAGGGGGCUGCCCGCCUCAGUGUGGGACGCCGUCGUGCAGGCCUAUCUAGCACACGUGACCGCCGCCGGCGACUGGGCCACCGCCGCGGGCCUGCUGCCGCGGCUGCUCAAGGACAAGGUGGCCCUCUGGGAGAGAUGGGUCUACGAAUUCGGGCAGGCGCGCCAGCUGCCGCUGCUGGCGCCCGUGCUGCCGACCAAGCGGCCGGCGCUGCACCCCCAGACGUACGAGCUGGUGAUGGCGGCGCUGCUGGUGGACCCGGCCCACCACGGGGCGCUGCUGGGGCUGGUGCAGGCGUGGCCCAACAGCCUGUACCAGCCGGCGGCGCUGAUAGACGCGAUCGCGCAGCGCAUGCGGCGGGCGGGGGGAGAGACGCGGGAGCUGUGGCAGGCUCUUGCCCACUUGUACAAGACCCAGGGCCGCCCCGACCUGUCACUGGCCAUCCUCCUCAACCUGCAGCUGCCAUCCGUGUUCGACUUCCUGCAGGAGCACGGGCUCCUUUCAUUCCUGGGGGGCAAGGCCGCGCUGCUGCUGGCCAUUGAUGAGGCGCGCGCCCUGGACCUGCUGGUCUCACACCUAGACAGCGUCGCACCCGCAGACGUCGUGCCAGGGUGA